GGAACCCGCGCUCUGUGGUUCGGAUCCGCGAGUCUUUACUUCCAGUUGCAGCUGCUGCCUACCCCGGCCGGCCGUUCCCCCGCUCUGGUCUGUGGUGCAGCCGGGACCCAAGACCAUGUCGCUGUCACGCUCAGAGGAGAUGCACCGGCUCACGGAAAAUGUCUACAAGACCAUCAUGGAGCAGUUCAACCCCAGCCUUCGCAACUUCAUCGCCAUGGGGAAGAACUACGAGAAAGCUCUGGCAGGUGUGACCUUCGCUGCCAAAGGCUACUUCGAUGCCCUGGUGAAGAUGGGGGAGCUGGCCAGCGAGAGCCAGGGCUCUAAGGAACUCGGGGACGUUCUCUUCCAGAUGGCUGAAGUCCACAGGCAGAUUCAGAACCAGCUGGAAGAGAUGCUGAAGUCUUUUCACAAUGAACUGCUCACACAGCUGGAGCAGAAGGUGGAGCUGGACUCCCGGUACCUGAGCGCUGCCCUGAAGAAGUACCAGACAGAGCAGAGAAGCAAAGGAGAUGCUCUGGACAAGUGUCAGGCUGAGCUGAAGAAGCUCCGCAAGAAGAGCCAGGGGAGCAAAAACCCUCAGAAGUACUCAGACAAGGAGCUGCAGUACAUUGACGCCAUCAGCAACAAGCAGGGCGAGCUGGAGAACUAUGUGUCGGACGGCUAUAAGACAGCACUCACUGAGGAGCGCAGGAGGUUUUGCUUCCUGGUGGAGAAGCAGUGUGCCGUGGCCAAGAACUCUACCGCCUACCACUCUAAGGGCAAAGAGCUGCUGGCCCAGAAGCUGCCAUUGUGGCAGCAGGCCUGUGCUGACCCCAACAAGAUCCCAGACCGUGCCGUUCAGCUCAUGCAGCAGGUGGCCAGCAGCAAUGGCUCCAUCCUCCCCAGCUCCCUGUCGGCUUCCAAAUCCAAUCUGGUCAUUUCGGACCCCAUUCCUGGGGCCAAGCCCCUGCCAGUGCCCCCUGAGCUGGCACCAUUUGUGGGGAGGAUGUCUGCUCAGGAGAAUGUGCCCAUCAUGAAUGGCGUCGCAGGCCCGGACAGCGAGGACUACAACCCCUGGGCUGACCGCAAGCCUGCCCAGCCCAAAUCCCUAUCUCCCCCGCAGUCUCAAAGCAAGCUGAGUGACUCCUAUUCCAACACUCUCCCCGUGCGCAAGAGCGUGACCCCGAAGAACAGCUAUGCCACGACAGAGAACAAGACUUUGCCACGCUCGAGCUCCAUGGCGGCUGGCUUGGAGCGCAAUGGCCGCAUGCGGGUGAAGGCCAUUUUCUCCCACGCGGCUGGUGACAACAGCACCCUGCUGAGCUUCAAGGAGGGCGACCUUAUCACCCUGCUGGUACCCGAGGCCCGGGAUGGCUGGCACUAUGGCGAGAGUGAGAAGACCAAGAUGAGGGGCUGGUUUCCUUUCUCCUACACCCGCGUUCUGGAUAGUGAUGGCAGUGACAGGUUGCACAUGAGCCUACAGCAGGGCAAGAGCAGCAGCACAGGCAACCUCUUGGACAAGGAUGACCUGGCCAUCCCACCCCCAGACUAUGGCACAUCGUCCAGGGCCUUCCCCAACCAGACAGCUGGCACCUUCAAACAGAGGCCCUACAGUGUGGCUGUGCCUGCCUUCUCCCAGGGUCUGGAGGACUAUGGAGCACGGUCCGUGAGCAGCGGCAGUGGCACACUGGUGUCCACAGUGUGAGGACGCUGACCGCGGCGGCUGCUCUGAAGAGCUCCUUCCCGUUUCCCUCCUCAGCUCUCGUUGGUUUGUUCUUGGGUUGUUUUCUUCCCUUCCUGCCCCUGCCUUUUGGUUGGUGACCCCAGACUCUGUGAUCCCCCAGGGUCCAUGGUGCUGCUCCCUGCGCCCCCUGUGCUCACCCCCUUUGCCCCCCAUGUGUCCCCAGCCUCAAGCAGAAAGUGCCAGGCGGGGCCUGCCAGGCACUGCCCUGGCCCCACAGUGUUCGUGACGCACACCCCUUUUCUAAGGCUCACUGUGAGCCAGGUCUAGAGUUUGAAGAAAAAGAAAAAUCUUUAAAAAAAAAAAAAAAAAAAAAUUUGAAAAACAGGAAAAAGGACUUUUUUUUUCCUGAAAAAACAAAAACAGAUAUGCAUGGACUCUGGUGUACGUACUGUUAUUCUGCAUCUGACCCUGGCACCCUGGCGUCUUCUAGGACAGGGGAGGAAGCGGGUCAGGUCCCCUUCCAAGGGCCACAUGGAGAAAAAGGGGCUCAGAACAAGCCUGGGGGGGCCCUCCUGAGGAAGCUGGCCACUCCUGUGAUGGAGGCUGCAGCCCCCACCUAGGCCCGCCCAGCCCCCUCAGCCAGGCCCCAGGCCUCUCUCCUUGGUGACACUGCUGGACAGGUGUACAUAGGGCGGAGCUCCGCAGCGGGCGUGGUGUUACCUCACACAGUGCGCUGGCAGGCGGGGGUCGGGGGCAGCCCUACCCGGCCACACGCAGACAUUCCAAAGACCUCCAGAGACACCCCACCCCCACACGUUUUGGAAAUCGUUUCUUUAACCAGCUUUGUGAGGGAGUUGUGACUGUCUGUGGCUGCUGGGCCACAGAGGCAGGGUGCCCCAACCUGGUCAGGCUGGCCCCAUGCCACCCGCCAGGGGGCAGGCAGGCCUGGCCCAGGUCCUCCUAAAUGCUCUCGUCUUUUUGUGUGUCUUGGUGACUUUAGAAACAAGCACACUGGACUCAGUGGCUACUGGUUUUGUCUCUUCACACACUGAAUUCUGGGCAGCCAGGCUGAGGUGCAGCCAGGUUAGCCCUGUGGCCAGCGGAGCCCCUUGCGAAGCUGUGGACGUGCCUCUUUCUCAUGUGGCUUGGCGAACUCCCGCACGCCUGCCUGCCUGCUGAGGACUGGGACGUGGCUGGUAGUGUUGUGAGCACUGGCUCAGGCACAGACUGACCCUGUUUUAUAUUUAAGGAAAACAUAGCCAGAGCCUGGACCUGUGUAAAGAACCUUCUGUGUUGUUCUAACUUUGCUAAAAGAUUUCAAAUCCAGGGGAUUCCAUGCACAAUGGAUGAAUGUAGACACAAAACAGCAAACUUGUAUGAAGAUGUAAAGUGCUGAAAAUAUUUUUUUCCUUUUUCCUUUCCUUUUUCUUUUUCUUUUUUUUUU